AUGAAGUUUAAUGACGAAUAUACGUAUGAAUUAAUUGACAAUGAAACAGACGCUCUCAUUUGUGCUCGUUUGAUAUCUGAAGAAUUUGUUCAACAUAAUCCAAUAGCAAUUUUCGACCAAUUGUCAGCUGAAGAGUUUUUCAAUGAACGUUCAUGGCCAUUCAUGAUGGAUGUAUUCGAUGAACGGUUAUCAUUUCUAGCUCGUCAUCGUCAUUCCAAUGAAAUUGUUGGUGCUAUAUUAGCUGGUGAUCUAUUUGUACAUAAUCAAAAUCAUCCAUAUGACGAAUUUGCAAUACCAUCAACGAUACCUCAUCAGAAUUUACUCGAAGAUAUGACCAAUCAAUUUAUUAAUAAUGAUUUCGAUCAACAAUUGGAACCUCGUUUAGUUUUACACAUUGGUGUAGGCGCUACACGCACUGAACAUUCACGUAAAGGUGUAGCUAGUGGAUUACGUCGACUUCUUUGUAAUUAUGCGCAUAAUAGUAAAGGAUUUCAAUAUGCAUUUGUUCAAGUGACGAAUCCUAUUACGAAACAUAUAUACAUAGACAAAAUGGGUGCACAAGUAGUGCGCAUAAUCGAUCCGACUAGAUGGGCAUGGACGAAAAAGAAUAAUCAAUUAUAUCCGUAUAAAGAUUACAAGAAUGGGCCUAUAUAUAAUAUUCUUCUAGAAUUGACAAAAAACAACAAAUGA